AUUUAUCGCAGUGGUGAACAACGAAUUUAACACAGUCACGACGCGUGCACUUGCUUCGGGAAAAUUUGAGAAUCUAUUUUCGCCGUUGAAAGGCGCGCGGGAACGUGUUCGCGACGGAUUUCUCAAACCGUGGUGCUUUAGUACGGUUAGUCUCUCCGCUUCGUGCAGUACUUCGUCGAUCCUGGAAUAGUUUCGUCAGUUAUUCAUCGAAGUUUUUCGCGUGUUUGUUGUACGAGCCAAUUUACAGUCGUUUCGGGCGUAUUCAUUCACAUUCAUAUCAUUCUCGGUGUACAUAACCCUCUCCCGUGUUAUUUACGUAUCAAUCGAACGUUGAUCGAAAUAUCGAUAAUACGCUUCGAAUUUUUCUCGAACGGUUAGUUCGUUGAUACGAUUGUUCAAUCUGGAAGCUGAUACAGAAAACGCGGGAAUGGAUGCUAUGGACGUCCUCAAUCCUGACACUCUGUCAGGGAACAACAAGGAUGGUUUCAACAACGAAAACAAUGGCAAUAACAAUGAAGACGACGAGGCGCCCACCGUCGAGGAGACUUACGAGGUUACAACUACCAAACGAAAGACGAUUCGGACCAGCUACAAGAUCCAAGAAACAUCUUCAUCAACCAAGACAACCACAAUGACAACUGCAGCAAAGUUAUAUGGCAAGGAUUUGAGUGAAUAUGAUGAUGUGGAUGUGGAUGAUUUAUUGGCACAACUUACCCCAGAAGAAAUUAAUAUAUUAGCUAAGGAAGUGGAUCCAGAUGAUAGCUUUAUGCCACCAUCACAGCGUUGUAGCUAUGAAUGUGACAAGAGUCCUACAGGACCAUUAAAUCGUAAGAAACUCAUUGAACAUAUCAACAAACAAGCUUUAGAAACACCAGACAGACCUGAAUUAAAGCCUUAUGUACCUGGUGUAAUAAGAGGCAAAAAGUGGGUUCCACCUCCUCAAGAAACAGCAAAAGAAAAAGAUGCAGAAGAGCAAAUUGCUAUUGAUCUUGGAGAAGAAUAUGAACAAGCAUUAUCUAAUGCUACUCAAGAAGAAAUUAUUGAUCUUGCUGCUAUUCUUGGAUUUCAUUCUAUGAUGAAUCAAGAUCAAUAUCAUGCUUCUCUAUUAAAUUCUGGCCAACCUGUUGGUUUGGGUUGGGAUGGUAUAACGAAAGCUAGUCAACCAAAACCUUAUCCAAUGGAACCUCCCAAUGAUACAGAUGUUGAUGCUACUAUUAAGCAAGUUAGAGAAGAUGAUGUUUCAUUAAUUGAUUUAAAUUGGAAUAAUAUCAAAAAUAUAUCUGAUGAAAAGUUUAUUCAAUUAUUCGAAGGAUUAGAGAUAAAUACACAUCUCGAAUCCCUAAGUUUAACGAAUGUGGGACUCACUGACAAGACUGCACAAAGGUUGGCAGAUGCCUUAGAAAAAAAUUCGACGCUCAGAGUACUCAACGUGGAAACAAACUUUAUAAGCCCAUCUGUGAUAGUAAGGCUCAUCAGGGCAUUGCUUAAAACGAAAUCAAUAGAAGAAUUUCGAUGUUCAAAUCAGAGGUCGCAGGUAUUGGGAAAUAAAAUUGAAAUGGAAAUUACACAAUUGGUGGAACAAAAUCCAACAUUGCUCCGACUUGGUCUUCACUUGGAAUUCAAUGAUGCUAGACAUCGCGUAGCUGCACAUUUACAACGCAAUAUUGAUAGGAUCUGUCGUGUGGCACGCGCGAAGCAAGAGGCCGGUGAACCUGCUAAAAGUUUCACUGUCCCAGUAGGUGGUGUAAGAAAGGAAUCGUAGCGCUGAUUAGCGCAUACGGCAGUCCCGGCUCGGGGUGGCGACAUCUUAACGCGAAGUGGCGUUCGCCUAGGUAUUAUUUGUACAUAUAUUAUAUAUUUAUUUACCAUAUAUUAUACAUACGUACAUAUAUAUACAUCUAAGAUCUAUAUAUAUAUAUAUAAAGAAGAAAAAAAAAAAAACACCUUAUUUCACGUAUUAUUCACUCGCGUAAAUUGAUACUUCUCGCAUCGUUGUUUCGUUAACAAGUCGAUCGACAAGCUUCUCUCUCUUCUUUUUUUUUCUUUUUCUCUUUUUCCAUUUUCCAUCAUUUUGUGUAUCGAUAUAUUAUUAUGCCACUGUCAAAAAAUAAUGUGUCGAAGAAUAAAACCGUUGUCCGUUCC